AUGGGGCUAACAACCCCAUCCUGUAAAAAACAAAUUGUUACGAGGUCUCAAGAAGAUAAAUACCCGGACAAUCUCUGUAGACGACUUGGAAAACGGCGUAAGGACAUGAUUAUCGGAACCUGGAACAUUCGAACUCUAUAUAAAAAUAAAGGGUUACAACUACUAACUGACGAAGUGGAUAGAUAUUCUAUUGACUUACUGGCCAUGCAGGAGAUGAGAUGGACUGGUGAUGGCAUCAUAGAAAAAAGGAAACAUACUAUAUUCUACAGCUGCGAUAUCAAAAAGCACGUCUUUGGAACUGGUUUUAUUGUGGGAAAGCGCAUUAAGCACUUGAUUACUGACUUUGUGGCCAAAUCCCCUAGACUGUGCAAAAUUAGGCUGAGCGGUGCUAUAUUUAAUUAUAGCCUAAUAAAUGUUCACGGACCAACAGAAGAUAAAGAUGAUGAUGAAAAAGAAGCCUUCUAUGAGGAACUUGACGACCUGUACUAUUCCUGCCCAAGAAAUGAUGUCAAGAUUAUACUCGGGGAUUUUAAUGCGAAAAUCGGCAAGGAGCAUGAAUUUAGACCUACAAUCGGAGGACACAGUCUUCAUGGCGACUCAAACGACAAUGGACAAAGGGUUGUCAGCUUUGCCGCCGAACAUAAUAUGGUGGUAUCUAGCACCCUCUUCCCACACAAGAGAAUACAUAAAAUGACAUGGAAAUCCCCAGAUGAAGAAACAUUCAAUCAAAUUGACCACCUUCUGAUUGAUAGUAGACACAUGUCAGAUGUCCUAGAUGUCCGCUCAUACCGUGGAGCGUGCUUUGAUUCUGAUCAUUACCUAGUCAAAGCCAAAUUAAGGGCUAGAAUCUCCAAUGCACGUAAAUCUAAUGGUAAACGACUUGAAAAGCUCAACUGUGAUAAAUUUAAGGAGGCGGAGAUCAAACACACAUAUCAAUCCCGGCUAUCAGACGCUCUUAGAAAUAAGAACAUCUACUGCAUUGAAGACAUUGAUGAAAAAUGGAGCGUGUUCUCUAAUACUGUUGUUGAAACAGGCAAAACUGUUGUGGGUAACGUUGGGAAAGCAGAGAGAGUGGAUUGGUUUGACGCUGAAUGCCACGUAGUUACCCAAAAAAAGAUUGAUUCAUACCAAAAAAUGCUUAGUAGAAAGCACUCAAGACUCUCCGUAGAAGAGUACAGGGCCGCUAGAAAAGAAGAAAAGAGAGUCCAUCGGACCAAGAAAAGGAAAUUCCACGAGGAUCUACUGCGAGAUGUUGAACAUCUCAAAAGAUCAAAUGAAAGCAGAGCUUUCUAUCGUGAGAUCAACCUUGGUCGCAGAGAUUUUAAACCUAGAACAGCUCUCUGCAGAAAUAAAAACAGGGAAAUACUGAGUGACAAAUCUAAGAUAAUGGAAAGGUGGAAAGAACACUUUCAUGACCUACUGAACAUUGAUCACCCACCAAGUGCUUCCAACUUCUCUCAAAAUACCAAUCAAGAAAUGAUCGAUCCACCAUCACUUGCUGAAGUUGUGGAAGCAAUAAAAAAGUUAAAAAACCAUAAGGCCCCUGGCCCAGAUACCAUUCCACCAGAAUUACUAAAAAAUGCUGGAGAAGAUGCAAUUAAAGACAUCCACCACAUUAUGCUAUCAGUGUGGGAGACUGAAAUACUUCCCCAAGAGUGGAAGCUCAGCACUGUCUGUCCCAUUCAUAAAAAAGGAGAUGUCCUCGACUGCUCUAACUAUAGAGGUAUUAGCCUCCUUUGUACUACCUAUAAGAUCUUCUCUAAUAUUCUCUUCACCAGACUAUCUUUAUAUGCCGAAAACAUCAUAGGGGAUUACCAGUGUGGAUUUCGCAGGGAUCGUUCCACAAUUGAACAAAUAUAUAACCUCCGGCAUAUUCUUGAAAAGACUAAGGAAUUCCAAAUCAAUACACAUCACCUUUUCAUUGAUUUCAAAACAGCGUAUGAUAGCAUUAAUAGAGAACUGCUUAUCGACGCUCUGAGACAUUUUAACAUUCCUGAAAAACUUGUGAAACUAAUAUCCCUUACAUUAAAUGACACCAAAUUGAAAGUCAAAAUACAGGGAAACUUAUCUGAACCUGUUGAAAUAAAAAAUGGCAUAAGACAGGGCGACGCAUUAGCAUGCCUUCUUUUCAAUCUUGCUCUUGAGAAAGUAGUAAGAGAUUCAGGAAUUAACACUAGAGGAACUAUUUUCUCAAAAUCUGUUCAAAUUAUGGCCUAUGCUGAUGAUAUUGAUAUCAUAGCAAGAACCCCUAAAGACCUAAAGCAGGCAUUCCUGGACCUGGAAAGAGAGGCCAAAAAAAUGCACCUCUCAAUUAAUCAGAGUAAGACAAAGUAUAUGCAAUGUAUCAACUAUACCGAUACCUCCACGCACAUCGAGAUUGGAGAGUAUAAAUUUGAAAAGGUGAGCUCUUUCACCUACCUUGGCUCUGAAAUCAACUCCGAAAACUCAAUUUCCACAGAAGUAAGGAAGAGAGUAACUGCAGCCAACAAGUGCUUUUAUGGCAUAAGAAAAUUCCUUAAAUCUGACAACAUUAAAAGAGACACCAAGUUGCUAAUAUAUAAAAGCCUAAUAAGAUCAGUUCUCACUUACGCAUCUGAAACCUGGACCUUGUCCCAAGCUGAUGAGAGGACCAUCGCUGCUUUCGAGAGGAAGAUACUCCGGUCCAUUUUUGGUGGUGUGUGUGACAAGGGAGUGUGGAGAAGGAGAACUAACUCUGAACUCUACAGGAUAUUCAGAGAACCGGACAUUCUGAAGUACCAUAAGAUUCAGCGCAUGAAAUGGGCCGGACACAUUGUAAGAAUGAAUGAUGACAGAACAACUAAAAGAAUCUUUUUGGCAAGGCCAACUGGAGCUAGAAAGAGAGGCAGACCCCGACUGAGAUGGGCGGAUUGCCUCCAAAGGGACUUUGCCACAAUCAAGGUCAGAGACUGGAAAGCCGUGGCAUGCAGAAGAAAGGACUGGUGCAGUCUUCUUGAGAAAGCCAGGGUCCACCGAGGACUGUCGAGCUACUGA